CGUUCGAGCGGAUAAGUCUUCACCCGCCCUUAGGUGGUCUCUCGCAACACAGUGCUGCAAGAUGUGUUUCCGUGUUGGAGUUCUCUCGCUGCUUUUACACGCCCUGUUCUGGACAGCGUUAUACGCCGAGGAUGGCCUCGAUUAUGAAGACCCCUUCGAAGACGACUCUGCCCAGUGCCAGAUAACCGUGACUCCGGACAUGAUGCUAUCCCUAGCCAACACACUCCAAACCGAGAUUAGCUGUGACGAGGAUCUGUGGGGCAACUUUCUUCUCCAGUACCAUCUAGCGCAAGAAAACCUAACCGACUGUAUGGAGCGAUCCGGCACCGUCGAUGACUCCUUCAACGUGUUCUGUCAGCAGCUGGUGGACGAUGUACAGCGCCAGCUGGACCAGGAGCAUCGAGCGCACAGUGCCGAGCUGGAGCGAAAGCUGCACCUCGCCCAACAGGAAGCCCAAAAGCAUCACGACGAGAAGGAAGUGUUGGGCAGAAAGUUGGACCGUUUGCAAAGAGAACGUGCCGAGCUGGUGCUGGACCUGCUGCUCGCCAACAUUGCGAUCGGCGAUAUCAAGCAGGCGAUCGUCUACUACCGUCAGUAUCCCGCCCAACCCAACCCGAACAAGCUGUACGAACAGAUCGUGCGGUCCGUGUAUCGGGUGACCAUGUACCAAGACCAGCGACUGCUCCACCUGAUCAGCUUUGUCCGGAGUGUUGACAGUACCGUGGAAAAGCUCGCCCUUUACCGGCUCAUACUGGCAGAGAUACAGAAGCGUACGAAUCAGCGCAACACAUACAUUGCGGCCGUGUUUGCACUGAACGUGAAAGCGGACCGGAACGUGUACGCUACCGAGCCGAAGCUUUACACCGACGCGAUGGUACCGCUCGAGACGCUCUGGAAGGAUCAGCUCGCGAACGGCAACUACAAAGCGGUCAUUGAGUUUGCCACCCGUCAGCCGAAGUAUUACGCGGAGAUGCAAACAACCCUUGCGACGGUGGACAAAGCCAAAUGGGCUGGCCUGAAGUUUGACAAAUUUGUACCGUACCUGAACUCCCUUCCACAGCCAGCGCAGCGUGUGGCCGCACUACGCCAAGUCUUGGACCAGAUCCGGGAACACAGCAAACAGAACCCCCAGAAGCAUCUGGUGCUGACGGCAAAGGAGCUAGACAUAUGUGAGGUGUUCAUGACCAAGGUUAAGGCGGACCAGAACGCGAAGCGCUCGCUCGAAGAACUGAAGAGUCAGUUUGUGAAGUUUAAGUCCGGCAAGGACUACAAAUACUACCUGAACGAGUCGCGCAAAGCCAAGGGAUAGAGCGUGAACCAGCCCGGUGAACAGAUAUUUCGGAGCAAGAUUUAUUUACACUUUAAUGAAGCACUAUUAACUAGCCGUAGUGUAGCGUGAAAUGUAGCACCAAUGAAUAAAAAAUACACCUGAUGUAUCGAGA